UGUGAAACAGUGAACAUCCGUCGAUAAUCGAAGAUUGAAAAUCUGAGUAAAAUAUGAAAUAAAAAUUAAUUCAUGUUGAAAAUACUCUGAAUGUCUUACAGAAGGUCAAAAGAAUCAUUCAAACCCAUGAACAGCUGUUAUUCGACAUGGUUAUCUUAAGUAAUGUAGUAUGGAAGCCGAUCAGAACAUUUAUAGAUACUGCAAGAAUUACUGUCAGAGGUGGUAGAGGCGGGAAUGGAUUGCCUAAAUACGGUGGAGUAGGUGGAAAGGGAGGUGACGUUUACAUUGAAGGAAAUAGUGAAUAUUCCCUUUUGAAACUCAUAAAAGAAUUCCCUGCCCGGAAAUUUGUUGGGGGACCUGGAGCCAACAGCAAGAGAUUUUGCAUCCUUGGAAGCCCUGGACAAGAUGUUAUCAUACCUUGCCCUACUGGAGUUGCUGCAAUUGUGGAAUCAAAGUUUGUAGGAGAAGUAAAUGCUCAUGGAGAAAGACUUUUGCUUGCAAAAGGAGGCUCUGGUGGGGGUCCACAGAAUGGUUACCUUGGCCAGAAAGGUCAAGUAUUUCCAUUAACGUUAGACUUGAAACUUAUUGCAGAUGUUGGUUUUGUUGGAUUUCCAAAUGCUGGUAAAUCCUCAUUGCUGAAAGCAAUUUCCAAGGCUCAGCCAAAAAUUGCAAGUUAUCCUUUUACAACAAUUCAACCAAAAGUUGGAAUGGUAGAAUACAAUGAUUUUAGAAAAAUUUCUGUAGCUGAUCUCCCAGGACUGAUAGAAGGUGCACAUAUGAAUUAUGGCAUGGGACACAGAUUUCUGAAGCACUGUUUACGUACCAAAAUUCUGCUUUUUGUAGUUGAUAUUGAUGGAUUUAGACUGAAUGCAAUGGCUUCUCACCGAGAUGCUUUUGAGACUAUUGUGUUCCUGAACAAAGAACUUGAAUUAUACAAUGAGGAGUUACUGAACAAGCCUUCAAUACUAGCUGUUAAUAAGAGUGACAAUGACCCUGAUCUUUCAAAGUACAAUUCUCUGAGGAAUAUGUUAAGGGACAUGAAAAGCAAUUCUGGUCACAUACCUAACGAAAUGUUGCCUAGUUCAUUUAUGAAAUUUGAUGCUAUCCUUCCUAUAUCUGCAAAACAUGGUGCAAAUAUUUCUGUUUUGAAAGAAAAGAUUCGGACUAUUAUAGAUAUCAGUGAAGAAGAAAAAAGAAAAGAAACUGAAAUUUGUCACCUAAGAAAUGCUGUCCCAGAUGUUAUUUAUGUUUAAAUUUUUUUUGUAAAAUAAAUUAGUUUUUAAGUA